AUGGUGGUAAUAUCAAUAAAUAAAGCAUUGUCAUCAUUUUCUGAUGAUGAUGAAAGUAUAAAAAUAAUUAAAAGACCCCAAAUUAAGUAUCCAGAGCACGUAACAUUAGAAUCACGUUUAAGAACAUAUAAAAGUUGGAAUCAUCCAAUAAAAGUAGAAGAACUAGCUGCAGCAAGAUUUUUUUAUGUGGGAUUCGAAGAUAGAACUAAAUGCUUUUACUGCGGCUUAGGCUUAUAUUGUUGGGCUGUAAAUGAUAUAGCAUGGGAACAACAUGCUCGAUGGUAUAGUCCAUGUGCUUAUGUUCGUAUAAAUAAAGGAGAUGAAUUUAUACAAGAUGUUUGUAGCAGAAUAAAAUUAUGGUUAAAUAAAGAGGAUGCAAUAAAAUUAUUACAAUAUGAUAUAAAAAAAGAUAAAAACUAG